CCCAAAAAAAAAGGAAAAAAAGAAAAGUAAAGAAAAAAGUAACAUCUGAUUGGCUGACAUCACAAAGUGCCCUUCUAGCCCAUGAAAAGUACUUGUUCAUUGUCUGGAGUUUGUGUAUAAGCAGCUCACCCUUAUAAUUCCUAACUCUAUGGUUACCCAUAACAAAAUCUUCAUUUGUUUAACCAAUUGAUAGAGCUAGUGGGUGCACCAAAUCCUCUUUAUGGUUGGACCAAGUUAAGUUGCCUAAGAUUUUCAACCUCCUGGUUGACCAAGUUGUUUAUUCCCUCCUAAGUGCACCAUAAAUCACUGCUCAAGCACAAAGUCGAACCCACAACCAUGACUAGAAAAACAACUCGAAGUCUGAGGAGGAGAAGAUAAUGGAAGCUCAAAAUCUCCAUGUGAGACCAUGGUGCGGUGUCAUCUUCCCCAGCCUUGCUCUAUUUGCUCUCAUAGCUUCUUUCGCCAAUGCGGAAACUCAAUACCACGAAUUUGUUGUUCAAGAAACACCAGUGAAGAGGUUGUGUACAACUCACAAGAUAAUUACCGUCAACGGGCAAUAUCCAGGGCCGACAUUGGAGGUCUGGGAUGGAGACACUCUCGAAAUUAAAGUCACAAACAGUGCCCGUUACAACGUCACCAUCCACUGGCAUGGAAUAAGACAGAGGGGAACGCCGUGGGCAGACGGCCCUGAAUAUGUGACUCAGUGCCCAAUCCAACCAGGAGCGACUUACACAUAUCGUUUCAUGAUCGAAAAUCAAGAUGGAACGUUCUGGUGGCACGGUCAUAGCAGAUGGCUCAGAGCUACUGUUUUUGGAGCACUCAUUAUCUACCCUAAAUUGGGUUCCUCGUACCCCUUCCCGCAGCCAAAGCUUGAAAUCCCUAUUCUUCUUGGAGAGUGGUGGAACCAAGACCCCAUGGAUGUCCUAAGACAGGCGAUUUUUACAGGUGCAGCUCCAAAUAUUUCUGAUGCAUACACGAUAAACGGUCAACCAGGAGAUCUAUACAGAUGUUCCAGCACAGAUACUGUGAAAUUCUUUGUGGAUUCUGGUGAUACAAUUCUUCUCAGAAUCAUCAAUGCCGCACUAAAUCAACAACUCUUCUUCACAGUAGCCAACCAUCGACUCACUGUUGUUGGUGCUGACGGUGCCUACAUGAAGCCUUUUUCAACCAGAACCCUCAUGCUGGGACCCGGUCAGACGACUAGUGUCCUCCUCACUGCUGAUCAGACCCCCGGACGCUAUUACAUUGCUGCACGUGCCUAUGCCAGUGCCCCCAGUGUACCAUUUGACAAUACCACCACAACUGCAAUCCUUGAAUACAAAUCCGCCCCUUGCAAUGCCCAACUAGGGUUUCCCUUGAAACCAACCUUACCACGACUACCAGCCUACAACGACACAGCCACUGUGACAGCAUUUACAACCCAAAUUAAGAGUCCUUCCAAUGUCGAAGUCCCCACUCAGAUCGAUGACAACUUAUUUUUCACAAUUGGGUUAGGGUUUGUCAACUGCAACCCUGGGCCCCAAUGUCAAGGGCCAAAUAAUACCCGUUUUGCAGCUAGCAUGAACAAUGUGUCUUUCGUACUUCCAAGUAAGGCCUCUUUACUCCAAGCGUACUACCAAAGUAUACCCGGUGUCUUCACCACAGACUUCCCGGCUGUUCCACCAAUAAAAUUUGAUUACACGGGCAAUGUAAGCCGUGCAUUGUGGCAACCUACCUUUGGGACUAAGCUCUACAAAAUUAAGUUUGGUUCUAGAGUACAGAUUGUGCUACAAGAUACAGCUAUCUUCGCAACAGAGGACCACCCCAUGCAUAUUCAUGGACACCAAUUCUACGUUGUUGCACAAGGCUUUGGUAACUUCAACCCUACAAGAGAUAAUGCAAAAUUUAACCUCGUUGAUCCACCACAGAGAAAUACCAUUGAUGUUCCUGUUGGUGGAUGGGCAGUCAUCCGAUUUGUAGCUGAUAAUCCAGGAGUUUGGCUGAUGCACUGUCACAUAGAUACUCAUCUAACUUGGGGUUUGGCUAUGGUAUUCUUGGUUGAGAACGGAGAGGGCGAAUUGCAGUCCAUACAACCUCCUCCAGCAGAUCUCCCUCUAUGCUAAAAUCAUCAGAUAUCACAAUCAAUGGCUACAAAAAAAGAUGGGAGUUUUCACUAGUCCAGGUCUUAAUUUGGCUUCAUUAAGCAGAAGAUUUGGCAGGCUUUGCCUAAAUGCUAAAUUUUCCACGCCUAGAAAGAGUUGGCUUUCAAAUUCAUAAUUAGUAACCUCAAUUUCAAUCCAAUAUUCUUAUAGUUAUUACUGCAUAAUAAGUACCUGACAUUUUCAUCCUCCUAUUGUUCCUGCUAUUCUUCUUUGCUCCUUUACGACACCUAUGAAGCUUUUGAAACAGUGCAAUGCAAAGGCCACCAAAACUCAAAACAAAUAGGGGAAUAAUCGAAAGCU